GGUCGGCGAGAGGGAGAGCGAGACGACGAGCCCGCGACCGCUUCUCGUCCGCGCGACCAUUGAAGUCUCUUCGCGUUGCUCUUUACUUUUUGCCCCGGCCGCAUAAUAUCGUGUACCAGUCGGUCUCGCGCUGUACCGGGCGUUCGACAACGAGAUACCAACGGCUAUGGGAUACGGAUACGGCAAUUAAGGAGCUGGGAGUUCGUGUGUGUGCCUCAGAUUUGAUUCAUUUCACUUUCUAUCGGGCGUUUCUGGCCGGAAUCGGUGGCGUUAAUAACGCGGUUUUAGCGGUUUCGUCACUACUACUUUAAUUAUUAUUAUUAUUAAUAGUAUUACGAUGUUUAGGAGUACUAUCGGAUUGAUUUUUGUAUUGAGCGUCGUCACCUGGACGAGCGCUAAAGUGUCGCCGAAAGUGAAAUGUACGCCGAACCAAAUGCGAGUGGAGAUACCGAUCUCGCCGAACACGAUGGCCGUGUACGUUCAAGGAUUGCGAGAUUAUCCUGAUCCUGCAUGCAGGCCGCACACCGACCCAUCGGGCUCCUUGGCCGUCAUCGAGCUCGAUUUGAGGGACGUCUAUCGGUGCGCAGUCACCAGGGUAAUCAACAAGCAAACGGGUAAACAAAUUUACUACAACAGCUUGGUCAUCGAAAACGUCGAGCCUAAUGGGCAAACAAUCAACGAAACUUUGCACGUGAAGUGUUCAAUAUACUCGAUCAAAAACCACACUUUAUCCAAGAGGAACGUGUUACCUGCUGGCUUCCAAGAACCCGAGGAAAUCGAAAUUUUAACGACGAACGAGACGAUCGGAAGAGCCCCGGAGCCCAUCCUGGGCGUAGGCGUCAGGCAGGCGGGCAAAUUAGUCACCGGCGAGCUGAACGUAUCGCCCGGCACUCCGCUCCAAAUGGAGAUUUUCCUCGAUAAAAUCUCCGCGCCCAUUUACGGACUUUUGGUCACCCACAUGCAAGUCACCGACACCAAAACCCAAGAGGAGACCAUCAUCUACAACGGUUGCUCGGUGGAUCCGUACCUCUUCGAAAACUUCAAAACCGAAGACGGCGACUUCUUAUCGGCCAAGUUCAGAGCCUUCAAGUUCCCGGAAUCCACCUACGUGCAAUUCAAAGGCACCGUCAACGUUUGCUUGGACAAAUGCAAGGGGAUCGAAUGCAGCGACGGUCAAAUAGGCUACGGAAGAAGGAAGAGAGCCAUCGCGGAGCUACCGCCUGAUCCCAACAAGAUAUUCGAAAUCACCAUAACUUCUUUCAUCAAAGUAGGAUCCGAAUACACUGCUGUAGACACUAACAGCGAGAAGAUAUACAACAACAAGAAGUUCAUAGUGGGCAAUCAGAUGACUGAACGGGACGUUAUUAGAGAUAAAACGUUAUUUCAAGCGGACCCCGUCCAAGAGGUGCUGAGGGAGCUGAAGGAGGAGGAGAAGUACACGUCGAUAGUGGCGGAGAGCGGCGGUUCGCGGGCGGUACCGGCGGCGGCGGUGGUACUGGCGGUACUCCUCUACUCGAUUUUGUAAAUUAAGGCGUCGGUGCAGGCUCAAGAAACGUGUAAUGUUAAUUUGUAAAUACGUCUGUGAUAAAAUUGAGUAAGGAAUGAAUGUGAUCUGCACGUCGGACUAUUGUAACGUUACAAUUUAAUUUUCGUUUUAUCUUUUCGCGUCGUUAUUGUAUUUUAUGGGCCGAUCUAAUUUAUUCGAAGCCGAUUUGACUUAAUAGGGAGUAAUUUUAUCGAAUAUUUUACGAAUUUGAAUUCUCGUUACCAUGAAAACGCGAUCAUCUCCGAGCGAUUGGUUAUCAAUCAAUGUCGAUAAAAUUGUAUCUUGCCGUACUUAACAGAUUCUAAUUGGCGAUUAAUGAUUAAUUAUUUUAAAUGUUACGCAUCAAUGAGAAACAAAUAAACAGAAUGUUACUAAUAAUUUAUAUGUAAGUUUAAACGCUGAUUUCUUUUAUUACCUUAAUAUGGUUUUUCAAAUAUUUAUUCGUAAGACGAAUCUAACUAGUCUUCUUAAGUACUCACCAUAAUCAAUAAAUAAAAUUUAGCGAAUUAA